CUUAUCUACCUACAAAAUAAAAGAUUCAAGAACUCGCAGGUGUUCAAACUUUUGCAGAAUUAUUGAACAAAAUAGAUAGUCUAAAGUUAAAAUAAAAAAGAGUCAAGCAGCUCACAUACAAAAUGGCACAAAUGGAUAUGGAAUUGAAAAAGGCCUUCACUGAGAUGCAGAUUAACAAAUUGGCCACUACGAAGAAGAUAAAUAUGAUUGACAUGAAAUGCGAUAUGGUUAAGACGGGCAAGCACAAAUAUACGCUAACUGAGAAGGGAACCAGCAAUUUGACGGAUGACACAAGGGUCUACUUGUCCGUUGGUCGCAUGUUUCUGAGAACGGAUGUGCAGAAUAUGCGUGAUGAGCUGAAGAACAAGCAAGAGAAAUGUGAUAAGGCCAUUGAGCUACUGGAAAAGAAGAAGGAAUUCUUGCAAAAGUCCCUCAAGGAUCAAGAGGAUGGCCUUCGUGAACUAGUACAACAGCGCAAGGAAGCGGAUACAACAGCGAAAUAAAUGUUCAUACACUCAAUUCAAUUCAAUGCAAUUCACACAGUCUACAGUCUCAGCAGCACAGUCGAGCAAACGCUAUUUAUUUUCAAUAUACUGGUCAAAAUUAAAGUUUGCAUAACUAA